AUGUCUAUGACUACGAAACCCACUCUAUCGAGAAUCCUCAUUUUCGGUGCUAGCGGCCACAUUGGCAAACCACUCGCGACCUUCCUUACCCAGAGAGACCCGAAUGUGAAGCUCCGACUCGUAACAAGCGCUCUCGAGAAGGUACAAGGCCUGCAAAAAGACUUCCCUCUCGCCGAGGUAGCCGUAGCCAACUUCUUCGAUCUCCCCUCUCUGGAGCGCGCGACCUCCGACGUACAAGGAGUCUUUCUCAUCACUCCCUCCGCAACGGACGAACAGCUUGCCAUGGCCAACAUCGUCACCGCCUUCAAGAAGUCCAACUCUGUGAUCCACAUCAUCCGCCUCCUUGGCAUGUUCCCCGAAUUCAACAGGCAUCGCAUCCCAACCGCUCUUCAGGGCGGAAGGAGCCUACCAGUCCAACAUCCUAUCGCCAAAGCAAUCCUGGACGAGAGUGGCCUACCGGUGACAUAUAUCAACAGCGGUGCUUCCUUCAUGGAUAACUUUUUCCUGCAGAUCAAGUCAGUACAGGCUGAGGGAAAGCUCAUCUGGCCUGAGCAUCGCGUUCCGUUCAUUGAUCCGAGGGAUAUCGCAGAGGUGGCAGGACAGUUAUUGCUUUCGCAUGAUGCGAAGCAUAUUGGGCAAUUUCAUACCAUGAAUAAUGGAGCGGACUGGUUGGAAUUUCAGGAGAUUGCUGUUAUUCUCGGUGACGUAUUGGGUGGCCAUAUUCCUUAUGAUGAUAGUGAGGAGUCGUUUGUGCGCUUCUAUGAGCCAAUCUUAGGCCCGUUUGCUGUGAAGAGCAUGUGGCAUUUUUUUAAGUUCGAGCAAGCGAACGAAGUAUGUUGGGCGCUUAACAACUUUGUUGAGAGGACGAUUGGGAGGAAACCGAAGACUGUGAGGGAGUGGCUUGUUGAGCAUCGCGAGGCUUUAUCUGAAGGUCUGCGACUAGGACAUGCUACUGCGUAG